AUGGAGUUGGUAAUACUGAAGGCAAGAGCCCAGCUGAAUCGUCUCGUGUCGGCGGGUGAGGGGCGAGGGAGGGCGCGCGGAGUCCGUGGGGGGGGCGGCGGGGGCGCGCGGGCGGGGCGCGAGCGCAGCAUGGCCGCCGCGCCCGCGCCGGCUUCCGCCGCGCCCUGGCUCAACGCCACGCUGGCCUACAACGCGAGCCGCCCCAACGCCACCUUCGACAGCGACUACGAGCUGCUUAACGCGAGCUCCGGCGACGAGCACGACAACCACUGGUUCUGCGCCAAGUGGUCCAGCGCACAGCAGGACCUCUUCCAGGCGGCGAACUUGUGCUUCGCGCUUGCGUUCCUCGCGCCGAAAAGCUUCAAGCAGAGCAUCUUGGUGCUGCGGGCGUUGGCGGCGGCGGGUGCGGUGCUCAUGGGAAUGUGGGCGGGCGCGGAAGUGUGUGCUCCCGACGUUCUCGCCUGGAGCCUAGCACUGCUGCUCGUCAACUCUAUUCACACGGUCUUCUUAAUUAUAAGAUUUCUUCCACCGGCGUUGUCGUUAGAGUUAACAGAUUUGUACCUAAAACUAUUCAAGCCUUUGAAAGUGAAUAAGAAACACUUCCAAGAGCUGACGCGGGAGGCUCGGAUAGUUCGCUUGGAGCCAGGCGAGGCGUAUGCACUCGAAGAGGUCACGCCAGCCGACGAGAGGCUGUCUAUACUUUUAAAGGGAAAAAUGCGGGUAAGCUGUGACGAAACACAUCUUCAUUUUAUUCAACCAUAUCAAUUUGUUGAUUCGCCGGAGUGGGAAGCCAACCGUGAGCAAUCUGAUGAUGUCUUCCAGGUAACGGUGGUAGCGGAGGAAGUUUGUACGUGCGUUUGUUGGCCCCGUAUGAGGCUGGAGCGUGUACUUCGGCAUCGGCCAGCGCUCAAAGUUGUACUUGACUGCCUCAUAGGUAAAGACAUAACACACAAGCUGUACUCGGUAAGCGAAGGGUUAGGCAUAGCGGGCGUGGGUGAAAAUGAAGGUGCACCUUCACACCUCACGCGGUCAGCAAGUGUCGACGCCGUGCACGAAGGGGCCCGUGGGCGUCUUAGAAGCCUCGCAUGGCGAGCCAGGACUGCGGCACCUAAAGGUACGUCGUACUGGCAACCGGUGGUCGCGCGUCAGUUCCUGCGCCAGUCGCCAUUUGGGCGAGCCGUGCUCCCGCCGAGGCUAUUGGCGCAAGCGUCGUCUGCCAGUCUGCAGCCGCCGUCGAACCGGCGUCGGGAGGUUAAGUUCGCGGAGACCCCGAUCACCGCGGAGCCGGCCGUG